UUCACCACGUUGCCAGGUUGGUGUCUCCAACUCCUGAGCUCGACUGAUCCGCUUGUUUCAGCCUUCCGAAGUGCUGGGAUUACAGGAGUGAGCCACCGCAUAUGGCCAGUCCUGGAAUUUUCUAGAGGAGGAUGACCAAAGCAGCCUGUAGACCCUUCCUGGCCAUCACAUGAAAACCAGUGACUCCUCCUUCCAAAACUCAGAGCUUCUCAGGAUGACUUGGGGAAACGUCCCCCACUCUGAACCUCAGUGAGAGAAGACCAGAAAAGCUCAGUCAGAGUGACACUGACCCCUGAAAUGAUGGGCAAAAUGGAGUGUGUGGUUUUUCCGGUAGGAGAGGGAGGUGCUUAGUUGUAAUUUGAAUUUUAAGUGGAUUCCGGUCCUCCAAAAAUGUAAAAAACAAAAGCACAGGAAUGGAGAACACAGGGGAUUAGCCUCAAAUCAUCUCCAACCUCUUCUUGUCUCUGUCCACACCCACUACCCUUCUUAUCAUCUCAUCUCACAGUUUCAACCCACAAAAAUAACUCCAUGUCCCUUGCAGGUUUCUCCCCUGAGCUCUACAAUCCUGUGUCCAGUUGUCUCCUCAGCUGUCUUCUGGGACAGCAAACAGGCAUCUCCACCUUCAUGUGUCCAAAAGUGACUUCCUAAACCCCUAAACACAUUCCCUUGCAGUCCUCAACAUCUCAGGUGAGGAUGACAGUGCACUUCCAGGAACUUAGCUGAACUUGACAGCAUGUAUUUUAAAUAUGGGAAAUGAACUCCAUUAUUUGUAAGUGUUAUAAUUUAUAACAUAAAUAAUUUAUAACGUAAAGCAAAAGUUGCAUGUGUACAUAAAAGGAGUGAGAAAAUACAUCAUUUCCAAAAUUCUUUUGAGGUGUGGGGGAAAAAUGUUUCAAGAUGUCAUCCCUAUGGAUCUGGGCUCCCAGGACCCCUCUGACCUCACCUCCUGCCUCCUCCUUGCUUCCUCUGCUCCAGCCAUGCAGGCCUUUUUCCUUUUUCUGGGGCUGAGGUUGCUCUGUCUCAGGGCCUUCACAUGGGCUAUCCCUCUUUCUAGAACUCUCUGGCCCUUCAGCUGCAAGUGAUAAGCUGUAUAUCAUCCCUAAGUUUUGUUCUGACAUCACCUUCUCUAUGGAAAGAUUUGUGAUCUCCCACAGGCCUCCAUGUGACAUUACAGGCCCACCUUCACCCCCACCUCUGGUCCAUGUUGCCUGUUCUGUGUGAUUCUUUUUGCUCCUUCGCUGUUCACUGGAUCCUGGUGAGAACAAGUCCCCAAGCAGAGAGCAGAGCCAGAAGGUGGGGCUGUGCUGGGCUGGCGCCGUCUGAAUGGAGUUCAACCCUGGCUUCACAUUAGUGUUCUCAGGCAUUUUGCAAAUACAUCUUUUAUGCUGUUUUAUCAGAGAUUGCUAUUAUCAGAGGAUUAAACCCACCAUCAAUAAUUCUUGCAAUGGCCCUGGUGAUUCUCAUCUGUAUCCAACAUUGAACAUCAAGGAAAUUGUUUCCAUGUUGAGAGCUGAGAUCAGCCUGUGAUCCACAGGGAGUAUUGAUUUCCAAAGACUCAUGUUACAUAAGGAAGCCACCAAGAAGAGCAAAGAAAAGGAUCCAGGGAUGGCUCUUCCUCAGGGUCUGUUGACAUUCAGGGAUGUGGCCAUAGAAUUCUCUCAGGAGGAGUGGAAAUGCCUGGACCCUGCUCAGAGGACUCUAUACAGAGACGUGAUGCUGGAGAAUUACAGGAACCUGGUCUCCCUGGAUAUCUCUUCCAAAUGCAGGAUGAAGAAGUUCUCUUCAACAGGGCAAGGCAAUAUAGAAGUGAUCCACACAGGGACAUUGCAAAGACAUGCAAGUCAUCACAUUGGAGAUAUUUGCUUCCAGGAAAUUGAGAAAGAUAUUCAUGACUUUGAGUUUCAGUGUCAAGAAGAUGGAAGAAACGGCCAUGAAGCACUCAUGACAAAAAUAAAAAAGAUGACUGGGAGUACAGACCAAUAUGAGCAAAGGUAUGCUGGAAGCAAGCCUAUUAAAGACCAGCUUGGAUUAAGCUUUCAUUCACAUCUGCCUGAACUGCACAUAUUCCAGACUGAAGAGAAAAUUGAUAAUCAAAUUGAGAAGUCUAUCAACGAUGCUUCCUCAGUUUCAGCAUCCCAAAUAAUUUCUUGUAGGCCCAAAACACAUAUUUCUAAUAAGUAUGGGAAGAAUUUCCUUCAUUCUUCAUUACUCACACAAAAACAGGAAGUACACAUGAGAGAAAUCUUUCCAAUGUAAUGAGAGUGGCAAAGCCUUUAAUUGUAGCUCACUGUUAAAAAAACGUCAGAUAAUCCAUUUAGGAGAGAAACAAUAUAAAUGUGAUGUAUGUGGCAAGGUCUUUCAUCAGAAGCGAUACCUUACAUGCCAUCAUAGAUGUCACACUGGUGAGAAACCUUACAAGUGUAAUGAGUGUGGCAAGGUUUUUAAUCAACAAUCAAACCCUUGCACAUCAUCAUAGACUUCAUAGUGGAGAGAACCCUUAGAAAUGUGAAGAAUGUGACAAAUUGUUGAGGUCCAAAUAACACCUUGAAAGAUAUAGGAGAAUUCACACUGGAGAGAAACCAUACAAAUGUAAGGUUUGUGACAAGGCUUUCAGGUGGGAUUCACAGCUGACACAACAUACUAGAAUUCACACUGGAGAGAAACCAUACAAGUGUAAUGAGUGUGGCAAAGCUUUUGGUGGGUAGUCAACACUUAUUCACCAUCAAGCAAUCCACGGUGUAGGAAAACUUUA